GUAAGUAUUCAGCAAAGUUACCGAGAUUAGGGACGGUCUGUGUUUGGGAAAUCAGUUUAAAAUUGGCUAGAGCUUAAAAUAAGUGAAUCUUUAGGGAUCAGUCAUGUCUACAGCUGAUGUAGCUGAAAAGCCCUUAGUUGGAACGGUUGAUAUCGUCCUGUUGGCUUCAUUCAUCGGCGUUUUAUUGUAUUGGUUUUGUGGACGCAAAAAGAAAGCAGAGACUGCCGCUCUCACACAGAAGUUGGUCUUAGCGCCGACUACCAAGAUUUCUCAAGAUGAUACAAGUUUUAUUGGAAAAAUGAAAAAAUCUGGAAAAUCAUUAGCAAUCUUCUAUGGUUCGCAAACUGGGACAGCAGAAGAGUUUGCCGGCCGCUUAUCAAAAGAUGCUCAACGUUAUGGAUUAAAAGCUCUUGUCUUGGACCCUGAAGAGUGUGACAUAGAGGAACUUGCUCGCAUGGGAGAAAUAGAGAAUUCAAUGGCGAUAUUUGUUAUGGCUACAUAUGGUGAAGGAGAUCCUACAGAUAAUGCUCAGGAGUUCUAUGAAUGGUUACAGAAUGACAGGGAUGACCUGGAUUGCCUUAGUUAUGCAGUCUUUGGCCUUGGUAAUAAAACCUAUGAACAUUACAAUGCAAUGGGGAGAUUUGUGGACAAACGGCUGGAAGAGAUGGGGGCUGUAAGAGUAUUUGAGAAGGGAGAGGGAGAUGAUGAUGGAAAUCUGGAAGAAGACUUUGUACGAUGGAGAGAAGCAUUCUGGCCUGCAGUUUUAAGCAAAUAUAACAUUGAUGUCAGAGAAAUCAAGAGGAGACUAUCUUCUUGCAUUGAUCGACAAUUCAGACUUGAAGUUCUUAAGGAUUUUCCAGAGGACAAAAUUUAUACUGGAGAAAUGAAUAAACUGAAAUCGUACAUCACUCAAAGACCGCCCUUUGAUGCUAAGAACCCAUUCAUGGCUAAGGUUCUAGUGAAUCGGGAACUGCACAAAGCUGGUGAACGAUCCUGUAUGCACAUUGAACUUGAUAUCACUGGCUCCAAGAUCAAGUAUGAUGCGGGAGACCAUGUCGCUGUUUAUCCCAUGAAUGAUCCAGAACUUGUGGAGAAACUAGGAAACCUCUUGAAUGUGGAUCUUGACGCAGUGGUUUCACUGAACAAUACAGAUGAGGACUCACCUAAGAAACAUCCUUUUCCUUGCCCCACAACAUAUCGCACUGCCUUGCUGCACUAUGUAGACAUUGCCAGUGUAGUAAAGACUCACGUGUUGAGAGAACUAGCAGAAUAUGCCAAGGAUUUUGAACACAAGGAGUUCCUCAUGAACAUUACUGAUACAACAGAGGAGGCAAAGAAACAAUAUCAAGAUUGGGUUCUUACUCCACACCGGCAUGUUGUAGCUGUCUUAGAAGAUCUUUCCUCUCUCAAGCCACCUCUUGAUCACUUGUUGGAGCUUUUACCUCGAUUGCAGUGCCGUUACUACUCGAUAUCAUCAUCACCAAAGAUGUAUCCCACCUCAAUUCACAUCACUGCUGUACUUGUAAGGUGGAACACAUCCACUGGUCGAGUACAGAAAGGUGUUGCUACUAACUGGCUUGCCACCAAGAAGCCUCAGGACCUGGAAAAUGUUUGUGUACCUAUCUUUGUUCGUAAAACACAGUUUCGUCUACCAUUCAAAUCAGUGACCCCUGUUGUCAUGGUGGGCCCUGGAACUGGCUUUGCCCCUUUCAGAGGAUUUAUACAGGAUAGGCAUGUCCAGAAACAGAAUGGAAAACAAAUUGGUAACAUGGAGUUGUUCUUUGGCUGCCGCAAAAAAAGUGAAGACUACAUCUAUGAGGAUGAGCUGUCAUCAUAUACACAAGAUGGUACCAUUUCAAAAUUGCAUGUGGCUUUUUCCAGAGAUCAGGAGAAGAAGGUCUAUGUUACCAAUCAAAUGACAGAGAAUAAGGAGAAUAUUUGGAACAUAUUAAAUAGUGGAGGCCACAUCUACGUUUGUGGUGAUGCUCGAAACAUGGCACGUGAUGUGCACAACAUACUGCUGACAAUCGUCAAGGAAAAUGGUAGCAUGUCUGAAAAUGAGGCAGCUGAUUAUGUAAAGAAACUCAGUGCAAAGGGAAGAUACUCGGUCGAUGUUUGGAGCUAAAUUGUAGAUAACCAGCCAUUCCUAUUGCAACAUGGAAUGUAUGACUAUUUUUUCAACACAGAAGGAUAAACAUCAUACGUGCUUCUUUUUUUUUUGUUUAUUUUAAAUAUGGUUUUUUACGUAGAUUUGAAACGAUUAGGAAAUUGUUUUGAGGAAUUUUAUUUACGUUACAAGAGCACUCUCUAAGUAUGUUAGCCCUUCAACCCCUAAGAGUGACCAACAUUCAGUCUCUCCUUGCAAUAUCAUCCCUAAAUUCAAUGUGAAGGUCAUAAGAAUGAGGAAAUGAUCACCAAGUGAAAAAGCUUGUGAUUGUUGAACACGUUCUCCUUGCUAGGCCCUUAGGAAAUGUAUAGGGAACAGUAUGGAGAAUAUGCAUACUGAUGUUAGGGUGUGAAGGGUUAAUCCAAAUUAUUCUUUAGUUAAUUUAGAUAUGAGGCACAUACAGGUUUGCACAUACUUUUCAAGAAUAAUAUAUGAAAUAAAUAAUAUUUAAACCAGGUCCUGUGGAUGUGUGACAAAUUGAUCUUAUUCAAAGGUAAACUUCAAUGAAAGAAAUUAUUGCUGUAAAAAGGAACUCAGGCUUUGCUGGGGCCAGAAUUUGUGUAAGGCAGAAUUUCCUUUUUGCAGUUUACCUGGAAGAAUUGCAAAAGCUCAUUUUAAAGAAAUCUAAAGAUCUUGAUUCUUUUUGCUUUCAUGCAAUUUUUCUGAUGAAUACCUCUGAAGUCAAAAUUUCACAUCCAAUUGAAAUCUUGAGAAAACAAUUCUCUUUUCUUAGAGCAAGAAGUGUUAACCCUCAGAAAUUUUCCAAUAGUAUUUUUUACAAAAGAAUUAGUUAGUCAGUUGCCUGUAUUUAUAAGGAGUAGAAGAUGUUAGGACACAUGCAUGCUGGAAAGGACACAUUUUUUUGCAGUUUGAAGGGCAGGAAAGUUCAAAGAUAUACAAAUCAGAGCAUGACUGGAGUUGAAGCAUGUUUUUUGAUCAAAAAUUUUUAAGGUCCAAGAGAACUUUGAGUGUGAAAAUUUUCCUAAUGAGCAUAUUUUAAGAUGAUUUCUAAACUGGCUGAAUCACUCUGCUCACAAGAAGUUUACAUAAACUGUUUAGGGGCAAUUUGUCACCUGAACUGUUGCAAAAUUUCCAAUUUGAUGUUGAGUUAAUGAUUAUAUAUAUUUAAUCUGUAUCAAAAUAAACAGUCCAUGAGAGAGUGAUGUAGUGAGGUAGUGAUUUAGUGAUACAGUUGUUAGGUAGCUAACUGAAUAAACUGCAUUCUCAGAAAUUAGGGGAUGAAGUCCCUUUGUACAAGAAAUUCCAAACUCUUACUUGUACAACAGACCCAAAAUUGCCCUUUGCACUUGCCCAAAACACCAGUGAAUCAACACCCAGUUUGGCUACAUUUAUCCCAUUUAUACCUUUCAAUCCCAAGAUCUCAAUUAGAAAUUCUCCCUUCGAGUGUGAUAUACAUUUUCCAUGAUUUUAGUUCAGAGAAUUUGGCAUCAGAUCAAAAAGUAAUCCCCUAGUUGAUAUUUCACUUCAUUCUCAUCACUUCUGUAUGUGAUAUAGCAUUGAAAUUGUAGGGAGAAAUUAUGUCUUGAUCACUAGGUGAUGGGAAAGGGUCAACUCCUCUAAGCAACAUCAUCUUGUAAAUAAAUUGUAAGGUACAAAACAAUAAAAAUAAUGACCCAUUUUA